UUCGAUGAUUAUUGCAUCAUCGGUCAUCAUUAUUUCACCGAAUUUCCAAUUAAUGGAGGAAGGGCAGUAAGUCAAUCAUUAGUACCAGGCGAUAGUUCAAAAUUUUACCAAGUACGUAUAAAAAGUCACGAUUCACCCGAUGGUCCAAAAAAUAUUCCAUGGCUCCUAAUAGAAGCGAAGUACUGGGAAGGAAAGGGCGCAUUCUCGGAUAUCAGUUAUGUGCUUCGAAUCGGUACUGAAGGUGGAAACCCACCCAGUUCUGCUAUAUGCGGAAAGAAUUAUAAACAAGGGGACAUUAUAAAUACCCGUUUUUCUACUCAAAAUUGGUUCUACAAGAAGCAAGACACAUAA